AUGGAUUUGAAUUCAAAUGUAGAUUUUCCCUCUAACAUUUCAACAGAUGGGUUGAUUCAAUUAAAAAGAGAAUAAGUUAGAAAUUCAUAGAGAAAAGAAGACAUCUAAAAUAAAUUGCUAUAAAAAAGACAACAAUACAUUUAUUAAUAUGAAUAGUUGUAUUUGAAACAAUAGGAACUUAAAAAAGAGGUGUGUUUAUAUUAUAUUUUUAGGAACUUGCCUUAAUAUUCAAUAAAUCAAUUGAAUAAGUUAAUGAUCACUAUUAUUUGAAUGAAGUGACAGAUGCUUUAGAAAUAAUGGUCAAUUUGGAAUCUAAACUUGAAAAUAUUACAGAUAUACCAGAACAAUUCUGUGUUAGUUCAUUUACCAAUGUGUUAAAUUAAUUAGUGGCUCAAUUGUCAGCCAAUAAUUAAUUAGAAUUCUUCCUUUUGACUAUAUCCUUCGAUUCAAUAAAUAUGUCGCUCUUUCCUUAAGAAUAAUCAGUAAUGAGUGAAUACUACUCAAAAACUCUUGAAUUGCUUAAAAAAGAGAAGCAUAGACAUGCAUAACAUUUCCUAAUCAAACUAUAUUAAAAUAAUUCAUUAUGGUUUGAAGCAGUACUUUUUUAAGAAUUCUUUUCAGUCAAUAAGAAACUAUUUGAAUAUCUACUCAAACACAUUGAUAAUUAAAUAGUUUGGGUAAUUCUAUCCUAAUUGAAAAUUGUUCCUUAUGAUAAUUUGAUAUUUUCAACCAUUCUCAAAAAUAUCACUAACAAAAAUGCCUUCCUUCUCUUAAGAAAGACACUAUGUUAAGAGGAAUACUAAAUAAAAUAUAUUCAAGCUAAUAUAUUUUAUUUAUUUACUCAAGUAUUAUAAUAAGCAGAUGAUAAACAAUACUUUUUAAAUGAAGUCAUAGAUUGUAUACUUAGUAUUUGUUGUGUAAGAAUUAUAAUAUAUUUUCUAAGCUUAAAUUUGAAUUAUUUGAGAAAGUAAUUACUUCAGGUUUGGCUCUUGUAAUAUCAGCUUAAUCAAUAAAGGAUUUCACUGUUGAUGUAUAUAAAUUUCUUUAUUUUAGGGAAUCUAAAAUUUAUAAAGAAUUGUAUAUUGGAUGUGUAGCAGUAAGAGUGAAUUGUUAAAUUAAAAUAUUAAAGAAGGCAUAUGGUUUUAGAAUAUUUUCUUAAUCUUAUUACAAUAAUAAUUGAAUCAUGUAGUCUAAAUUAAUACUUUGGAUAUAUUAAAAUAAUAGUUUAAAUCUGAUUUAGGUUGUCAUUUCAAAGAGUUUUUCAGAACUACAUAUUAAGUACCAGAUAACAUUUAGACAUUGAUCGAAAGAUACUUAUGA